GGAGCGGGCGGAAGGGGGCGGGCGGAAGAGCAGCCAGCGGAUGGCGGCGGCGGGGCCGCUGAGGGGAUGGAGGGCGGCGAGCCGGGCGGCGGCGGGGGCCUCCUGCAGCAGAUCCUCAGCCUCCGCCUGGUGCCCCGCGUGGGCAACGGCACCACCACCUACUCCAGCCCGCUCUCCACCUUCCCAGAGAUGUGGUACGGCGUCUUCCUCUGGGCCCUUGUCUCCUCCCUCUCCUUCCACGUCCCGGCCGCGUUGCUGGCACUCUUCACGCUCCGGCACCACAAGUACGGCCGGUUCAUGUCCGUGAGCCUCCUCCUCAUGGGCAUCGUGGGACCCAUCACCGCCGGCAUCCUCACAAGUGCUGCCAUUGCUGGAGUUUACAGAGCUGCAGCGAAAAAAAUGAUUCCCUUUGAAGCCCUAAUUUUAGGAGUGGGUCAGACGUUCUGCGUGGUGGUGGUUUCAUUUCUACGCAUUUUAGCCACUCUCUAGCUCUUCCUCAGAUGCUGGAGAUCACAAAUCGAAGGAAAAGCAAAGGUUCUGUCGCCUGCACCGGCUCUGAAGCAAAUCAUGAUGGACCACGACUUGACAUGUGCUUCUCCACUGGUUGAAGGAUACGUGACGGCCUGCUCCUGCCUCCGGUGUGGCUUGAAAUUAAGCUAAAAAUUGCGAUUUUUUUUGUUACUUUUUGGUAACAUUAAGUGCCAAGUGAAGCUUUAUUUCUCUGGAGGAUAGGAAAAGGGCUUCCAGAGGAAGAGGCCCACGUAUCUUUUACCAGUGAUGAACUGUAGCAACAGGACGUGGUGAAGCUGUGACACCGUCUGUUCUGGGGUAGUGGCAGCGCUAGAGCGAUGUGGUGUCUUCAGAGCUCACUUAAUGCUUUGACCUCUUACUGCUUUGUUUGCAGUGAACCUGAAGCUCUUUUAAUGUGAAUAUUUUAAAUGAGAAACGUAUUGUUUUCCUCCUGGCCCCAAUGUCCUAACACCAGGUCUUGGUCAUAGUGAGUUUGGGAGCAGCAAAAGGAAAAAUCAUUUAGAUGGAUGAAAGUGCAAAUUAAUGGCCAAGAGCUGUGACUAUGAAUGCUGCAGCAGGGGAAAUAACCCAUGUAAAAAGGAUUGCUAUUUUAGUGAAUUUUAUUAGGGUGAAGCUCUUGAGGCACUGUGCACCUUCUGCCCGAGAGGCGCAGCACAGCAGAACGGCUGCUGCCCACGCUGGGAACCCCCGGGGGCUGCGUGAGCAUGUGCAGCUGCUUCUCAGGCUCUGAAAGAGAUUCGUAUAUUUAAAUUCUCUGUUCUCCUUUUACUUGCUGAUCCUGUUUAUGUGGGUGUGGCAGAUUGGGGUGUCUUCACUGACGCACAAACGUCACUGGCUGCUUUGGAGGCUGCGCUGGUGAGACCUGCACAGCUGGCACUGGGUUGUCGUGACCUGAAGUGGGGAGCACAUCCUGGUUUUGGCAUCCGACCUGCAGUGUGUGGGUGUGGGGUCCCAGGAGGAGAUGCUGAGUCCUCUGGGAGUCCCAAGAGGAGCCUGGUGCUUCCCGUGUCCAUCAGGGAUGAGCCAUGUAAACACAGCCCCCAAGCAACCCUUACUGGCAGCAGGGUCUCCUUUAAUGAAUUCUUUUAGUUUGUUUUUGGUGACUUUUAGGUAGCUCUCAGCUCUGGCCCGAAGCCGUGCCAUGUGGCCGGGGCUCUCAGGUAGCUGGCUGGGCACUUUCUGGGGAUUUGGUUUUUCAAGGCCCCUGUGGAAGCUGCGGUUGAAUCCCAAGGAUGUGGUGUGACCAGCCUGUGGCUUUACAUGGUCCAUGCUGACAUUCGCGUGGGCUGUCACGGGAAGGCACCGUCUUUGUCCACCAUCCCAGGACACUCAUCCUGACAGUGUUUUUGCUGAACUCUGGUUUCCAAACCAGCUCACCUUUUGUACCUGCAACAUUUCGUAAGGCCAGUUGUCUGCCAUGAACCCCCUGUGCUCUGUGCUGAAACAACCCUCAACAGGGCCCUAUGUUUAUAAUGAAAAAGAACUUCUCUCCAUGUACUAACUUUUCUGGAGUGGUGUCUUGACGGCUGAUGGCGAGAGGUGUUUUCCAGGAGCACUUACUGAGGUUACCCUAAAUUCAGGGAAUAAAGCUGUGCAUUUUAGGAAAGACUUUAAUGUGAAUCCUUCUCCUUAGGUGUGUGAGGUCAGAGUGAACAUAUACUAAACCCUGGAUCUUUGGAGUGCCCCAUGUGCUGUGCUGCUUGUAGAGAGCUGGUCUUAGAGGAGGUUUCAUGUUGGACAUUAGGAAAAGGUUCUUCACCCAGAGGUGCUGGAGCACUGGAACAGGCUCCCAGGGAGGUGUCACAGCCCCAAGCCUGACAGUGUUCAAGAAACGAAUGAACAACACCUGCAGACACCUGGUGUGAAUUUUGGGGUUGUCCUGUGCAGGGACAGGAGUUGGACUGGAUGAUCCUUGUGGGUCCCUCUCAGCUCAGGACAUUCUGUGAUUCUUACUGUGGCAUCCCCCGGGGGAAGGCUGCGCCCCUCCUCCCUCUUCACUUCUGCCCCCAGUGAAAAAGCAGGAACAAUGACCUCUCUAGAUGUCUUUCCCCUUCCCACUUCCUGUUUCAAAUGGCUGCAGACAGGGUGUGUUCCCGGAGUGUCAGGUUCCAUUCAUGUUAAUUAUCCUGGAUGUAUUGGGACUUAGACUGGGCAUGUCUGACCUUACCUUUCAGGUGAUGUUAGAAAUCAGUGUCCUGGGCACCCACCGAGCUCCCCCUGCCCUGGUGCCUGAUGUCCUUCAGUAGCUGAUUGCACGGGGAAAGCGCUUUAUCAGUGUGUCGUGUGGUGCAGGAUAAGGCCAGUUCUGCAGUUAACAAGACAGGAAGGACACAAAUCCAAGCUGUUAAGAGCUCAGAACAAAUGAAAAAAAAUGCUCAGUAAAACCACUCAGUGCUGAGCAGGCUGAAAACCUGUUUUCUACCCAUUGUCAUCCCCUAAAAGUCUGGGUUUUUUUGGGGAGAGGGGAAUCUGCUUCGCUUCAAGAGCUGGCAGCUUGGCCAUUGCUUUGAAGUUGAAUGCUUGGAGCCAGUGGUACCUCUCUGUGCCCAGGAGCCUUGAACUUUUCAGGGAAUUCAUGCAUAAGUGGUGAAGAAUCAGCUGCUGACUUGUCUGGACAGGUAUUAGUGCCGGAGGUGAGUUCUUUGUGCCACCUCGGUACUCGCAGAGCAUCCUCCGCUGCCCUGGCUGCCUUCCUGCCCUCCCUGUCUGGUAAAACCAGCUCCAGACAGGGAGGAGGAGCAGUCUGGAGUCGAUGCACAAGCUCCGUCACUGCUGGCAGAUUCCUCCCCUCUCACCACAGCGUUUUAGUCUUCCCUUUGUGUUCUUUUAUCCUAAAUGAGGCGAGCAGAGGAAUCACUUCAGUUUGCAGCGGGCGUCGGUAGACUUUACUCAGUCAAACUUGUCAGAAGCUGCUAAGAGCUUGUAAAAAUGUCAAUGCUGAGGGUGUCCUGGGCUGGGCGGUGCUGUGAGCCCCUGGCCAGGAGUGUGGGCCAAGGAAACACUGUGCAGAGAAGCCACCUGCCCUGAAGAGAUGUCGCUGCCCGAGCUGAGACUCCUGGCCCUGCUUUCUGUGUGCAAACAUCCUCUUUGCAGGGCUGGUUGAGGAACCCCCUGACUCCCUGUCCCACUAACGCCCGCAGCUGUUGUGAACAAAUCUUUGUAAGAUAGAGAACUCUGUAAAUUUUAUUUUUCUACUGACACUUCUAAUCCUGGUGGUGAUUAUCAGUAAAUUCUGUAACAACCGA